AUGGGCGUCCCAAGCUCGCCCCGCGCCCGCCGCGCAAUCAAGAUUGUCAUCGUCAUCCUGAUAGUCGCCCUCCUCAUCCAUGUCCUCCUUCGCCUUGUCGACUUUUCCAAUCUCUUUGGCUUCUUUCGCGACCACUCGGGCAUCAAGAUCAGCCAACGGGAGAUUCUCGACGCCUACACAUCACGCAAAGACCAGGGCACAACCACCUCGUCACCUGUCAUCCCCCGAAUUCUGCACCAGGUCUACCACGACUGGAGCGACCCUGAAAGCACCAACACCACCCUGCCUGAUGAUUGGGCCGCCGCGCGACAGACGUGCAUCGCCCUGAACCCCGGCUGGGAAUACAAGCUCUGGUCAUCCAAGGGCUCGCGCGACUUCAUCCAGGACGAGUUUCCGUGGUUUCUGUCGACCUACGAUGGCUACAAGUUCCCAGUACAGCGCGUCGAUGUCAUCCGCUACUUUGCGCUUCGCCGUUUCGGUGGCGUCUAUAUCGAUCUAGAUAAUGGAUGCGCCGAAAGCCUCGAUGCGAUAACCUACUUCCCAGCCUUCACCACCGACGGCGGUCACGGAACUCUGAGUAAUAACAUAAUCGGUGGUCAGCCCGGCCACCCGUUCUUCCAUCUCCUAACCGAGUCUCUGAUACCGUGGAAUUGGAAUUGGAUCCUGCCCUACGUCAUUGUCAGCUACACCAGCGGCCAGUGGUUCUUGACGGCCGUGUGGGAGCAGUACCACCGACUUUUGUCCGCUGAAGGGGUUGUCCAGGGCAUGGAAGGUACCGGAUGGGCUCCCCUCCACCAUAUCUUGAUGGACACGCGGCCGGACCAGCCAGACCCUUUUGUCUUCUGGACACAAGAACGUGGCGGGACCUGGGACCAGUGGGAUAGUGCCUGGUUUGGCUGGGUCGGCAAUCAUAUCGGCCUGGUCGUUUCGGAGGUCAUAGGCGCAAUCGCGUUUGUUGCUAUUCUCCUGUGGGGCUGCGUAUGGUGUUGCUGCUAUUUGAGAAGGCGGAAGGCAAAGGGCUACAAGCGUAUAGAUGCUCUUGAUCCAGUAGGACAAGACAUGACGUGA